AUGGCCUCUCUUUCUACUCCUCCGGCUGCUCCUGCACACACCAAGCCGACGAUUCCUCGACUCUCGGCCUCCCCCGGUGCCGAUCUGCACUCGCGCGACUCAUCCCCAUCGUCCUGCGGCACUCCCGACGGGUCCAGGUCCAGCAGCCGCCGGCGCCCGUCUUUCGGCUCCAUCAAAGAAGACGUCGACGGCAUCGCGCAAUCGUUCGUGGACACUCACCACGCACCCUCCCCCAAGGAGCCGCAUAAGCCGCAUCUCCCGGAGAUGCAACAGACGCCAGACUUCUGCUGCCCAUGCGGUGGAUUCCUGGGUUGGAAGCAGAUUCGUCUCGGUGGGAAGAGCCUGAGUCGCAGCUAUGGCGACCUCCGCAACCUGGGCAACAUGCAGGCGAAGGGUUGGGCGUGGGAGAGCACUGAAUCAGGACAAGAGCUGGUCCCACCCAAGGCGGCCGUAGUGGACCAUGCACAGCCGCCGCCGGGCACCUCGCCUCUGGAGAAGCUGCCGCCCGAGGUUCUGGAUCAAAUCAUAUCCCACCUGGCGAUUGAUGUGCCGCCCAAUGGCUACACCCCGCGUAAUGUUGACCUCGUCUCGUGCCUCCUCGCCUCCCGCACGUUGCACGCCGCGACGCUGAGCGUGUUGUACAGGAAUAUGACUUUCCCUCACUCAAUAAUCUUCUCCAAGGCCCUCAAUCAUAUGUUGGCCUAUCCGGCCCUCGGCACCUUGGUGCGCCGCCUGGACUUCUCCCACUUCACCUCGGUCGGCCUGGGUCGCACGAAGCAGAUGAAUGCCGAGAUUCAGAAUCUGACGUCGCGCACGCUCCUGCAGUGCCUGGACCUGCAGCCUAACCUGAAGGAAUGCUUGCUGCAGGAACAUCUCGAGGGUGACCUGAGCGUGGAUGUGAUACGGAAGCUGUUCAUGGGUCUGCCAAACCUGCGCGCGGUGGACCUCUGCGGCUGUUCCACCCAGUCGUUCUCCCAAGUCUUCACGGAGGCUCUGACGGCGGGGCCUGCCAUGCCUAUGAGCCUCCCGAACAUGAAACGACUAUCGCUUCAUGAGUGCAGCACGAUUACGGCUCCGAUCUUCGACCUGUUGCUUUCCCGGCUCAUCAAUCUGACGCACCUGGAUCUCACCCACACCCAGGUGAAUGACUCGGCUCUUUUCGCAAUCCCCGAGACAGCUCGCAUCACCCACCUGAGCGUGUCACGGUGCACGCGCCUGCGCAGCUCCGCUUUGGUGGAGUUCCUGACGACUCACCCCGCCGUCCGGGAGUCCUUGGUGUACUUGAACCUCCUGACCGACCCGACCCGUUUCCGCCUCUUGGAAGAGGACGACGUGACCGCGCUGCUGCCCAAGCUUCCCAAUACCCUUCGUUCUCUGAAUCUGGGUGGUGCCAAGGUGACCUCGGAGCAUGUCCCGCUGCUGCUUCCUCUGACCAAGCACCUGGAGGAGCUGGGCCUGAGCUCGGCCGAUCUGUCUGUGAAAGACGUGAACACGUUCUUCGCCCGGUCGCGUGAGAACGGCGCGGGCAAAGGUGCGGCUCCUAGCACUCUGUGCUACCUCGACCUGGCCAAGGUGCCACAAAUGACCAUUGGCGCCAUCUUUAACACCAGCACGUGCCUCCUGCUGUCAGAGCACAGCUACCCACUGCAGGUGAUUGAGUUCAGUGACAAGAUCAUCACACCUCUGCGCGAGCGGGCUAAGACUCAGCGCGUCUCGGUAGGCUGGACGGUGCGCGACCUCGGUCGCCGAGGCUGGUACGUCCGAGAUCCUGCAUCCUUGCCCAAGGAGCCCGUCGACGACGGCUCACGCUCUUGGAAGAUGGGUGCGCGCUGGUGGGGCAUGCGCAAGAUUCCCAUGGCCGUAGGCGACGUGGGUGGCAUCUACGGCCACUACAUGUUCAAGAAAUGA